AGUUACAGCGAAGAUGAAGAUUCUCUCAUUCUGCCACAGCUCCAGAGCCAGGUCCCCUCUCACUGGGUUUAUUAUUUUCUUCCUUAUUUGUUAUGUUCACAAGAUGGAAUCAGCAAAGUUCACAGUGAUUGGACCCCUUGACCCUGUCACUGCCAUCCUGGGUCAGGAAACUGUGUUACCCUGUCACCUGUCUCCUCGGCUGAGUGCUGCAAACAUGGAGGUGAGAUGGUUCCGAUCUCAGUUUUUAUCCGUUGUGCACCUGUACCAUGAUGGGAAGGAUCAGUAUGAAGGGCAGAUGCCAGAGUAUCGGGGAAGGACGGAGCUUUUGAAAGAGGGACUCACAGAUGGAAACGUUCCCUUGAGGAUUCUCAAUAUCAGACUCUCUGAUGAAGGAGAAUACCACUGCUUUGUUCAAGAUGGUACUUUUUAUGGACAAACAGUAUUGGAACUGCGGGUAGCAGGUCUGGGCUCUGAUCCUCUUAUCUCUGUGGAGGGUCACCAGGAUGGAGGGAUCCGGGUGGUUUGUCGAUCAUCUGGUUGGUACCCAGAGCCUGAGGUGCUGUGGAGAGAUCUCAUUGGGCGACAUUUAUCAUCACUCUCUGAAACAACAUCCCGAGGGGACAACAACCUGUUUGAAAUAGAAACUGCGAUAAUUGUAACAGAACAUUCAAACCAAAACUUGUCCUGUUGCGUCAGGAACACUGUUCUCAAUCAAGAAAAAGAAUCAGGAGUUUAUAUAGCAGAUUCCUUUUUCCCGAGGGUGAAUCCUUGGAUGGUGGCUCUGAGUGUGAUCCUGGUGGUUUUGUUUGGUUUCAUUGGCCUCACUGUUUAUCUGUUUAAAAUGAAAGGCAAACGAGAUAACGAGAUAAGGUGGAGAAGAUCCAUGGCACCUAUGGAAGAAGCGAAUGUGACUCUGGAUCCAGACACGGCUCAUCCCCAACUUGUCCUGUCUGAGGAUCGGAAAAGUGUGAGAUGUGGAGACACAUGGCAGGAUCUGCCCAACAACCCUGAGAGAUUUGACUAUUGGGCCUGUGUGCUGGGCUGUGAGGGAUUCACCUCGGGGAGACACUGCUGGGAGGUGGAGGUGGAGGUGGGGGGUGGGGGACGCUGGGCUGUGGGGGUGGCCAGAGAGUCUGGGAGGAGAAAGGGACGGAUCAGCCGUAGCCCUAAGGGGGGAAUCUGGGCUGUUGGGUGGUGGGGGGAUCAGUUCUGGGCUCUCACUUCCCCUGCUACCCCCCUGUCCCUGAGCCGGGUCCCCAGCAGGAUCCGGGUUUGUCUGGACUGUGACCGGGGGCAGGUGACAUUUAUCGAUGCUGGUGAUGAGGCCCUAAUCUUCACUUUCCCAACGGGCUCUGUCCCUGGGGAGAGAAUCCAACCCUGGCUCUGGGUGGGGCAAUCCCAGUUCCGACUGUGUCCCUGAGACACACAGCAGAGGGGGGACCUGGAAAUCAACCUCUCUAGCCUCACACACCCCAGUCUGUAUGACACUGGAGGACUCCCAUCUACCCAGACCCUGGCUCCUCAUCUGUAUGGUCCCUGGAAUCUCCUCUCCCUCCCUUCAGCCCCAGGGAUGGGAGGGGGAAGAACCUCUGGGGAUGCAGGAGGGGCCCUGAGGGGCACAGGUGGGGGCUGGGCAGGGGGCAAGCAGAGGUGGGGGUGGCUGAUUCAUGCUGUGUCCCUAUCAGGGGUUGGGGAAAAGCAGCAGCAGGGAACGGUUUGUACAGAUCUGUGGGAUUAGAUCUCAUGGGGUCUCCCAGCCAGAGGUCCUGCUGCAGGGGCCAAAGUCACUUCAGGACAACUGGUAACACUGUAAUGGUCACACACAUGGGGGAGAUGGGUAAGGGGUGCAGAUUGACAGGAAAACUAUUAUAUAGAUGUAAGCAGAGUCAGGAUGAGCUCUACCCUGACAUCUGGUGGUGAAUUAUGGUGAGUGUGGAAAAGAACUCCAGGGGCUGAUCUUGUUUGCAUAGGCACACCCACU